GCGAGAGGGACACCUCCUGAAAACGGGGCUUGCAAAAACUCAGCUUGUGCAAGGAACUGACAUGUUAUCAGAACUUUCCAAACAGCUUUGAAACGGGUGUUUACACAACUCAGGUUACCAGGGCAGAUCUCAUCUUUGUUUGCAAAUAUUGGACUGGAGCAUCCCCCCCCCCCCCGAAACAACGCUUUUUCAAAGAGAGCUACAAAUUAGGCGCGGGGAUGGGCGCGGUCUUUCAGAACUGUUUUGUGUGUUUUGGCAGGUAGCGAGGAGCACGGGUAUCUUGACAUGAAACAACCACAGACGACAGGUACGCAUGCGGUCCAAUGAAGUGGUAGAGCCCCGGACUAAGGAGUUGGUCAGCAUUUGUUAGACGCCCCCCUCGGUAUGUAAACAAAAAGUCCCUUAACGUAGAAAAUUAGCACCACGGAGAGAAAGUAUUUAUCCCAGCCGCUAUGCGGGUUUUCCGCACGGAGGUCAUGUUGCUAAUGAAUCACCAUUAAAAAAAACCCAAAACGAUUUCCCUCGGCGGUACUACAGGAUCUCAGGACUGUAUCAUCUGGUUCUGUUCCACGCGUGGCUGCAGCCCAGGCUCCGUCCGGGGUGUGUUAAGCCUGGGACGGCGGCGCUCGUGAUUUGCCUUCAGCAGGGAAGGCGACCGGCAGCAACACACAGGAGCUGGUUCCUCCCUUAGAGCUGGUUUCUGCGAGGAAGGUGGGGGGAAAAUGCGGAAGUUUCUACCCCGAAUGGCCAGACCAGCCUCGCUGCUUUGGGCAGGAUUGCACGAAUAACCUCCAACCUUAGUGGAAACCCACCCACAUCGCCCCCCGCCGGAUCUGCCACCCGAUGCGCACGCAUGGCCACUUUGCCCAGCUCGGACCGGAGGGCUUUUGCGCUGAAACUCAACAGGCAUUCUUCUGCAGAAAUAAGAAGGCAGUUUGUGAAUCCAACUGGACAGUUCCCUCAAAGAAGUAUCAGUACCCCUGGCUUCUCUUCUAGUUCUCUACCUCAGUUCUAUGAUGCAGUAGAUCCAGUGGAUUUUGAAGGUUUCCUAAUGAUGCAGCUGAAUAAUUUAGAUUUGGAUCUCUUGCAAGAAAUUGGCGAUUUUCCAGAAGAUGAUUUGGAUGUGGCCUUUGUUCCUAAGGAACACAGAACCUUACAACCAUCAUUGCCUGAGGAAGGUGCUGAGUUGGAUCCACAUGUCCGGGAUUGUGUACAGAUCUAUAUCCGUGACUGGCUGGUUGUGAAUCGAAAAAACCAAGGAAAUAACAAGACAUUCACCUUAAAGAAAAAAGGAUCCAGAAGAGACUUCCAUAAGAGUCUUCAAAAGCAAACAUUUGAAUCAGACAUUUCGGAUUAUAAUUGUCAGGCAGCUCCCACAUGUUUAAGGAUCCUCUGUGAUGAAUCUGGUAGAACCACACUGACUUCUGGAGACUUUGACUUGCGCAGCUUGCAGCCUGAUCCUCGUCUGGUAAAUCUGCUAAAGCAUGUUAACGCGGAAGACUUUGAAAGGCAAAAUGAGGAGGCACGAAGAAGCAACAGACCGGCAGAGCUGUUGGCUCUGUACCCGAGUAUGGAUGAGGAGGAUGCUGUGGAAAUACGACCAGUGCCUGAAUGCCCCAAGGAACAUCUGGGCAAUAGGAUAUUGGUGAAAGUACAGACCCUGAAAUUUGAGAUAGAAAUAGAACCAUUAUUUGUAACCUUAGCCCUCUAUGAUAUAAAAGAAAGGAAAAAGAUCUCAGAAAAUUUUCAUUGUGACUUGAACUCUGAGCAAUUCAAAGGAUUCUUGCGAACACAUACACCUUGCAUUGACUCCUCUAGCCAGGCAAGGUCUUCUGUGUUUUCCAUAACGUAUCCCUCUCCAGAUAUCUACCUAGUUCUGAAGAUUGAAAAAGUCCUUCAACAAGGAGAAAUUGGAGACUGUGCAGAACCCUACAUGGUUCUAAAAGAAAGUGAAGGUGGAAAGAAUAAAGACAAAGUUGAGAAACUGAAGAUACAAGCUGAGUCCUUUUGUCAACGUUUGGGAAAAUACCGUAUGCCUUUUGCUUGGGUCCCAAUAAACUUAGCAAAUUUCUUCAAUAUUUCUACACUUGAAAGAGAUGUAGCAGAGUUAGACGUUUUAAAUGGCAGAGGUUCUGCUGGCGACCGAAGAUCAAUGACGAUGCAAACAAGGAGACUUUCUGAAAGAAGCCUUGGUUCAGAAAAUGCUCCUGCUACACCCACCUUCAAAAUUACAACUAUGACAAUCAACACAUUUUUUAAACAGGAAGGAGAUAGACUUAGUGAUGAAGACUUACUGAAGUUUCUAGCUGACUACAAGAGAUCUUCCUCCUUGCAGAGAAGAGUGAAGUCUAUACCAGGGUUACUUAAAUUGGAGAUCUCGCCUGUUCUGGAAGCUCUCCCUUGUUGUCUGAACACAGAGCUAUUACAAGUGAAACCAUUCCCUGAAAACCGCAGCCGUCCUCAUAAAGAGAUUCUGGAGUUUUCAGUUCGAGAAGUCUAUGUCCCCCAUACUGCAUAUAGAAAUCUUCUCUACGUGUACCCCCAGCGAUUGAAUUUUGCAAACCGUCUGGCCUCAGCACGCAACAUUACCAUUAAGAUACAAUUUAUGUGUGGAGAAGACCCUACUUGUGCAAUGCCUGUAAUCUUUGGAAAAUCAAGUGGCCCAGAAUUUGUUUCAGAGGUUUACACACCUGUUACAUACCAUAACAAGUCUCCUGACUUCUAUGAAGAAGUAAAGAUUAAGUUGCCAGCUAAACUCACAGAAAAACACCACUUGUUGUUCACAUUCUAUCAUAUUAGUUGUCAGCCCAAACAAGAAGCUUGUGUAGAAACUCUCCUGGGGUAUUCGUGGCUGCCAAUUCUGUUAAAUGACCGUCUCCAAACAGGUCAUUACUGUCUUCCUGUUGCCUUGGAUAAACUGCCUGCAAACUAUUCAAUGCACUCAGCAGAGAAAGUUCCUCCACAGUCUGCUCAAGUUAAGUGGGUCGAAGGACACAAAGGAGUGUUUACUGUUGAAGUGCAAGCUGUCUCAUCUGUUCACACACAGGACAAUCAUCUGGAGAAAUUCUUCACCCUUUGCCAUGCUCUAGAAAGCCAAGUUGCCUUCCCUAUUAGAGUGAUGAAUGAAAAGAUCACAGAAGCUACGCUGGAACAUGAGUUGAAACUCAGCAUUAUUUGCUUGAAUUCCUCUCGCCUUGAGCCACUGGUGUUGUUUUUACACUUGGUGCUGGAUAAGCUCUUCCAGCUGGCUGUGCAGCCCAUGGUUAUUGCAGGCCAGACAGCCAACUUCUCCCAAUUUGCUUUUGAAUCAGUGGUUGCAAUAGUGAAUAGCCUCCACAACAGCCAAGAUCUGAGCAAGGACCCUCAUGGGAGAAACUGCCUCUUAGCAUCAUAUGUUUACUAUGUCUUCCGCCUUCCAGAAGUUCAACGAGAUAUUGUCAAACUAGGUGGUGCAAGUAGUGCUAAUCUUCCUGAAUCUCGUUAUUAUACAUAUGGACGUACCUCAGCUGUCUCAGUGGGCUCCAGACUCUUGCAAAGCCGGGCAACUAGCUGUAGUAAUCCAGAUAUUGCUGGGAUCCAGUCUGCUACUGAUGAGGAAGUCAGAAACAUCAUGUCCUCAAAGGUUGCUGAUCGAUGCUACAGCCGGAUGUCAUAUUAUAGUGAACCCAGCAGUAAUAUAUCAAGCAGCUGCACAAGCCCGCGGCCAUCCACUAAAAAGCAUUUCCAUGAAGAGUUGGCACUUCAGAUGGUGGUGAGCACUGGCAUGGUGAGAGAAUCAGUCUUCAAGUAUGCUUGGUUCUUCUUUGAGCUGCUGAUCAAGAGCAUGGCUCAGCAUGUUCAUAACAUGGACAAACAGGAUAUUCCCCGCAGAAGUCGAUUUUCUGAUCGUUUCAAGGAUGAUAUCACCACUAUAGUUAAUGUGGUCACUUCAGAAGUUGCAGCACUUUUAGUCAAGCCACAAAAGGAAAAUGAGCAAGCAGAAAAAAUCAACAUUAGCUUAGCAUUUUUCUUGUAUGAUCUUCUUUCUCUAAUGGAUCGUGGAUUUGUGUUUAACCUCAUCAAACACUACUGCAAUCAAUUGUCAAAUAAACUCAAUAUUCUUCCAACACUGAUUGCCAUAAGGCUGGAGUUUUUGCAAAUUCUCUGCAGUCAUGAACAUUACCUCAAUUUGAAUCUCUUCUUCUUGCCAUCAGGAUCUGCUCCAGUAUCUCCCUCCCCUUCCCUGUCAUCUCAGAAUUCAAGCUCCUGCUCAAGUUUUCAGGAUCAAAAAAUUGCCAGCAUGUUUGACCUAACAGCAGAUUAUCGACAGCAGCACUUUCUAACUGGCCUUCUCUUCACCGAGUUGGCAGCUGCUCUGGAUACAGAAGCAGAAGGAAUAAGUAAGGUACAGCGGAAAGCUGUCAGUGCUAUCCACAGUCUACUGAAUUCUCAUGACUUGGACAAAUUCUGCAUGAAACCAGAAAUGAAAAGGAAAGUUGCUGCCCUUUACCUGCCUUUGACUGGGAUAAUUUUGGAUGCCCUUCCACAGUUACACGAUUUUACAGUUUCAGAUGGUCGUGGUGGGAAAGGACGCACUGGAACUCAAGAUGAAGAACAAGAGGGUUCAAACCCAAUUAACCAGAAUAUUGCCCUUGCUAUUGCUGGGAACCAAUUUAAUGUCCUACGGACCUCUAGCCCAUCUGUGUCCACUGUGCCAUACAAACAAUCCAACAUUUUAAGUCCAGAAACUACCCGCUGCCUGUUGAUCUGUUUUCUGUGGAUCAUGAAAAAUGCUGAUCAGAAUCUUAUCAAGAAGUGGAUCUUAGAUUUGCCAUCUGUGCAGCUCAACCGAAUUUUAGACCUUCUGUUCAUCUGCGUCUCAGCCUUUGAGUACAAGGGUAAGCAGAGUUCUGACAAAGUCAGUACUCAAGUCCUCCAGAAGUCAAGAGAUGUAAAAGCCCGUCUGGAAGAGGCUUUAUUGAGAGGAGAGGGAGCAAGGGGCGAAAUGAUGAGACGUUGCAGGAUGCCAGCUGGGAACGAUCGGUUCUCAGGGAUGAAUGAGAACUUACGAUGGAAGAGAGAGCAGACACACUGGCGGCAAGCAAAUGAGAGACUAGAUAAGACAAAAGCUGAGUUUGAUCAGGAGGCUCUACUCAGUGGUAACCUGGCUACGGAAGCUAAUCUGGUCAUCCUAGAUAUGCAAGAGAACAUCAUCCAGGCAAGUUCAUCUAUGGACUGCAGAGAUAACCUCUUGGGUGGCGUGCUGAAGGUCCUAGUCAAUUCUCUGAGCUGUGAUCAGAGCACAACAUUCUUGACUCAUUGUUUUGCUUCUCUCCGAACAUUAAUUGUCAAGUUUGGAGACUUGCUGUUUGAAGAGGAAGUGGAGCAGUGUGCUGAUGUCUGCCAGAGAGUUCUACAGCACUGCAGUAGUAGCAUAGACACCACUCGUAUUCAAGCUUGUGCCACCCUAUAUCUUCUCAUGAGAUAUAGUUUCAGCUCCACCAGCAAUUUCGCAAGAGUGAAAAUGCAAGUGACGAUGUCGCUGGCUUCUCUAGUUGGUAAAUCAUCAGAUUUCAAUGAGGAGUAUCUCAGAAAAUCUUUGCGAACCAUUUUGGCAUAUGCAGAGGAAGAUGCAGAGAUGCAGCCAACUUUGUUCCCUGUACAGGUGGAUGAACUACUGCGUAAUUUGAACAGCAUAUUGUCUGACACAGUGAAAAUGCGAGAGUUCCAGGAAGAUCCAGAGAUGCUCAUGGAUCUUAUGUACAGAAUUGCAAAAGGAUAUCAAACCUCGCCAGACUUAAGGUUGACCUGGCUCCAGAACAUGGCAGAAAAGCAUGCCAAGAAAAAGUGUUAUACAGAGGCUGCCAUGUGUCUAGUUCAUGCUGCCGCGCUAGUUGCAGAAUAUCUGAGCAUGCUGGAGGAUCACAGCUACUUGCCCGUAGGCAGCGUCAGCUUUCAGAAUAUUUCUUCCAAUGUGUUGGAGGAGUCUGCCAUUUCUGAUGAUGUUCUGUCUCCAGAUGAAGAUGGAGUAUGCUCUGGAAUGUAUUUCUCAGAGAAUGGUUUGGUGGGACUGCUAGAACAAGCUGCAGAGCUUUUUAGCACAGGAGGAUUGUGGGAAACUGUAAACGAAGUCUACAAGAUUGUCAUUCCCAUCUUAGAGGCACAUCGAGAUUUCAGGAAGCUUUCUUCCACUCACAAUAAACUUCAGAAAGCCUUUGAAAGCAUCAUUAAUAAGGGCCAGAAGAGAAUGUUUGGCACUUACUUCCGUGUUGGCUUUUAUGGAGCUAAAUUUGGAGAUUUAGAUGAACAGGAAUUUGUAUACAAAGAACCUGCCAUUACUAAACUUCCUGAGAUUUCUCACAGACUGGAGGGUUUUUAUGGUCAGUGCUUUGGGGAGGAUUGCGUCGUAGUGAUUAAAGACUCUACUCCUGUAGACAAGAAUAAACUAAAUCCUAAUAAGGCCUAUAUACAAAUUACCUUUGUGGAGCCCUACUUUGAUGAUUAUGAGAUGAAAGACAGAGUGACCCACUUUGAAAAAAACUUCCACCUCCGGCGAUUCAUGUAUACAACCCCUUUCACUCAGGAUGGACGCCCACGAGGAGAACUGAGUGAGCAGUACAAGAGAAAGACUGUUUUGACCACAAUGCAUGCUUUUCCUUACAUCAAAACAAGAAUCAAUGUUAUUCAAAAGGAAGAGUUUGUUUUGAUGCCAAUUGAAGUGGCUAUUGAAGACAUGCAAAAGAAAACACAGGAACUAGCUGUGGCCACCAGCCAGGUGCCUCCUGAUGCCAAAAUGCUCCAGAUGGUGCUUCAAGGUUCUGUUGGAACAACAGUAAAUCAGGGGCCACUAGAGGUAGCCCAAGUGUUCCUGGCUGAAAUUCCAGCAGAUCCAAAACUUUAUCGACAUCACAACAAGCUGAGGCUAUGCUUCAAAGAGUUCAUAAUGAGGUGUGGAGAAGCUGUGGAGAAAAACAAGCGCCUGAUUACUGCUGACCAACGGGAAUAUCAACUUGAACUGAAAAAAAAUUAUAAUAAGUUGAAAGAGAACCUCAGACCAAUGAUUGAGCGGAAAAUUCCAGAGCUGUAUAAACCCAUUGUGAAAGUGAAUAGUGUGACAAGGGGUUCUUUCCGUAAUUCUAGCUUUAGGAAAUAUGAAAAUCUGCCUCCGCAGAAUACAUAAGUCGCCCUAUAAGAGUCAACUAAACUGUUACAGUGGAUCCAGUGCAAAUUUUGUACCAGCAAGAAACUUCUCCCAGAAUUCCACAUUACUACAUCCUGUGCAAGACUCAAGAAAAAAGUGGGAAAUUUAUCUGAAAAUUUUUUUUUGGAUAUUUGCAUACAUCGACAAAAUACUUCCUAUAUGUGCAUGUUUGUUUAAUUUUGAAACCUCUGCUGUCAAACUUUGAUCAUAAACAUUUCCUGGAAGUAUUCCUGAAUUAUUCUGAAGAACUGUCUGCUCAAUCACGGAUUUGUAUGCUACAAGAGCACAUUCUCCAAGCCACAGAUAUAGAAGUUUAGUAGAUUUUAAAACAUUGAACAUGAUCCAGACAAAGUUCAGCAUUUCUGUGGGACAGUUAAGAACAUGUGUAAUUCUGGGCCUUUCCGCACAAGUAAUCUUAAAUGUUUGCAGAAUGUUUUUGAUCCCCUUUUUGCCAUAAUAUUUGUCUGCCCUCACCCCUUCGAAACAGUGUGGUACUCCACAGAGAAAAUGUUUCAUUUAGUGCCUGGAAACAUUUUAAAAGAUGUGUGUGGAAGGGGCCUCUAUCUUAAAUAAGAUAGCUUUAGUGCUUAGAGAGGAAUAAUCCUAUCUCUUGAGGAGAGCCAUUACAAUGAACCUGAUAAGAGCUUUUCUCAUGGAAGUUCAUGAAGACAUCCUCAAACACUGAGGAUUAGUUUACAUAAGGAUAGAAAAGCAGUGCAUAGUAUUUAUGCAGACCUGGCUAGAGAUAGGCAUCUGAGCAAAAAAUGGAGGCUACAACAACUGAGGCCUUCAAAUAUAAACCAGCGUUUUAUUAUUGAAGCUAUUACUUCUUCUUCGAGACUACAGGGAUUCAUUCUAGUUGAAAGUUUUUUUUAUUUUUAUUACUGUUUUAAGAUUGUGUUAUAUUGUCUGAACUUUUACUUCUUUGAAAUUAGGUUUACAUCCUGACAGCCUGACUUGCAUUUUUGGCAACUGAUUGGUUCUGUCUGAUUCUGUUGAAAGGCAAUCACAGUGGUAUUCAGUAGCCACACCUGUAAAUAUAGCAGUACAUGGCAAUGGGAAAUGUCCCUGCUCGGGGAGGGGGAGCUUAAAGGGCCAGUGGAAAUUUAAGCACUUGAUGGGUAGGAGUUUUUAUAUAUACAUAUGUACUAAAAGGAUUAAACUAAUGUUAGGGCAUUUUUAAAUGCUCAAUAAAAUGCUAUAUUAAUAGAAAAGA